AUGCUGCGCAGCAAACUCGAGGAAACUCCCCAGGUGGACGCUGACCGCGAGGAAGAGUCCAAUUUUUCCUCUGAUGAAGAAGAAGACCUCGUCUUUGAUGACGAAGAAUAUGAGGAAACAGAGCACUCUGGAGACUGUGACAAGGACAGUGAGCAGAUUCCUGGUGCAAAAAGUGCCAAGACUGUGUCUUGGUGCACGGAGAGAGAUGCUGACAAGCUUCCAAAGACUCUGAGGUUUCAGCCUUCUCGUAAUCCAGGGCCGCAGUUGAGUUCUGCUCACCCUCUCAAUCCUUUGAGUCUCUUCAAACUCUUCUACUCAAAGAGCUUCGUGUCAAACCUGUGCAACAACACAAAUGCUCAGGCGGCCAGAGCAUUGGCAACGGAGUGCAAAUACCCAUGGACGGACGUCAGCGUUGAAGAGCUCUACCACUACAUUGGACUCAUCUUCUUCAUGAACACGGUGAAGAUGUGGUCCAUUGCGGACUACUGGAGGCAGGACCCUUUCUUCUCCGUGACUUUUCCUUCAACAGUCAUGUCAAUGGACAGAUAUCACGCCAUUUCAUGUAAUCUGCAUUUGAGUGACCCAAACGCAGAUGAGAAUAAUGAGGACACUCUUUUAAAAGUCAAACCUCUCAUGGACAGCAUCCGUCUGGCAUGCAGUGCCCACUAUCAACCUAGAAGAAAUUUAGUAGUGUGCGAAAGAUUCGUGCUGAGCAAAGUAAAGCCUGCCAUUAAAGCGAAUUUAGGCUUCAGGUUUUUCGUCCUUAUAGACACGUCAAAUGGAUAUACGGCGGACGUUUCUGUGUACAAGACUAAUAGUAGCUUUCCUCCAGGACCUGGGUUUUCGUAUGACACUGUGAUGUCUCUUCUGGACCCUAAAGCUUUGGGCUCUGGAUACCACGUGUACAUGGACGAUUUCUACACCACUCCAAAGCUCAUGAAGGACUUGUUUGCUUUGAAGUUUGGCGCAUAUGGGAUGUACAGAGACCAAAGGAAGGACUUCCCAAGAAACAAAUCCAAUCCACUAACUGAAAAGUCCACCAGGGGAUCCUACAGGUGGAUUCGGGACGGGCCUGUGGUGUUUGUGAAGUGGAUGGAUAGACCUGAGGUGUCGAUAUGUUCCACCAUCCAUAAGGCCUAUACAGGAGAACGCGUGGAAAGGAGAGUCAGACGCCGAGGCUCGUGGAAGACGAAGAGCAUCCCGUGUCCUGCGCCUGUCAGCACAUACAGCCAACAUAUCGUAGAGGUUGACCCUUUCGAUCAGCUGCUGCAGUAUUACAUGAUGCAUUACAAAUCUAUGAAAUGGUACAAAAGAGUCUUCCUGCACUUCUUGGACAUCGCUGCCGCCAACGCUUUCAUACUGCACAAAGAGCUGGGAGGCAACAUGACCAACAAGAAGUUUAUGGACCAGCUGAUUCAGGAGCUAGGCAGCGUAUCAGAGGAAGCCCCUGAACAGAGCAGUAUACAGUUGGAGCAUCUGCCGGUUUCUGGAGCUCCGCUGGAGUCAGACACUGAGAAAACCGGCCGCCAGGCCUGCAGUCAGUGUAAAAAACAAGACAAAAGGCAACUAACACCUUGGAAAUGCCAGACGUGUGAUGUUUUUUUGUGUGUUGAGGUGGACAGGAACUGUUUCCUGGAUUGGCACAAAAACAUUGCCUGCUCAGGACUUUAA